AUGUUCGGCAACACUAAACCAGCCUCAGACCGCACCGACAAAGCCUCCGAAGGACCCGUACAUCUGGACCCUUCUUUCUGGAAUUCGGCUCGAAAGUGGACGUUUCCCAAAAGUCAAGAUGAGAGCAACAAUUCGAGGUGGACAUCCUAUAAGGAGCAACAGGAUCCACAUCCUGGAGAUCAAGAACCCAGCUCGCGAAUGGCGUCGUCUCAUACAGGAUCGAUCAUUGGGCAACAUGUUCUCGUUCUGCUAGCCUUUUCCUUGCCCGUGGUUGCAUUUGGGCUGGUUCUUAGCAUACCUCAGUGGCGCAACGUGAGGCCAGAGUACUGGGACAAUAUCUUCGGUCACUGCAACUAUAAUGGCAAUUUCACACUCAACAACAAACCAACCCUGAGUUUGUGGGACAGGUCCGGUUUCCUCAUUAUAAAUGUCGCCUGGGGUUCAAUGUCUUUUUCCGCCGCCAAGGGCCUGGAUAUCGUCUGGGAUAUCAUGGUCGGACGAGCAGGCCAAGCUAUUCUUGCAUGGGCAACCUUCAAAGUCUCAUCACAGUAUCUAGACCUUGCCAUGAGAGAAGAACCAGUUUCUUACGGCACGUUUGAAGCGUUGGCGUUCGUCCCGCCGAGCUUGGUGAGGACAGCAAGACUGGCCAUGGAUCUUGUAUUCUACCGUAGCUGGAGCUCCAGGCUGGCUAUACUCUGGAUUAUCUGCAGCUCCUUGUUUGUACUCAGCUUUUCGUCCCUCGCUUCUGCAAUGUCAGGGUACAAUACCAACAGCGAAGCUGUUGUGACUGACAGUCGUGGACAAGCAGCAAACUUCGCAGACUACCGAAUGGUUCAAUUUGCUAUUCAUGAUGCAUGGCGAAUCGGUGAGCCAGAACCAAUAUUCAUUACUACAGGCGGUGCCUGCGUCCGAAAAGGGUUCAAUGAUGAUGACGGCAAGGAGGACGACGACGACAACGAUACUGGCACCGAUCAAGUUAUUACUUCUUAUACUCGACGCGAUCCAGAGCCCCAAUCCGGAGCCGAAGAAGAACCUUUCGAAUACGUCCCUAUCAAUUGUACCAUGUUCUGGCGCACCGUUCAGUACGUAGGUCUUAACGGCGCCGACGGUACUUCGAAUAAGUCCAGUACGUUCAUUUUCAGUGGAACAAGGUACAAUUUGAGUUCGCCGACAUUGAACAUUACUACAUCAUAUACCACAGCCUCUCUCGAGAAACUCACAAGUUACUUGAACAAUUUCCAUUCCACAUCCACAACAAGCCUGAAGUCUCUCGGCGAACCAUCUCGGUCGGCCAUUUGGAUCUAUGAAAACAACACGUAUUCGUAUGAUUACGUCCUCGACCAUACCACUUGUCAGUAUGAACGGUCCCACAAUUGGGGGUUUUCCUUUUUGUUGCUGCUUCUGACCACCUUGAUCCUGAUGAUAUGGGCCCUCGGGACGUAUGGCAUGUGGCUGUACAUUCAAACGCGAAACCCGUGGUAUGCUAUUAGAUCAGUCGGCGAACGGCACAAUCCAGGAGGCAGGGGGAUCUACCGCUCCAGCUGGGACUUGGUUGAGGCUAUGAAAAAAGACCUCGGUUCUGAAGCAGUCGUGCCAGACAUGAGCGAGAAAGAGAUCCGACAUCUGUUGCGGCGGCGGAACGUCGCAUUUAACUGCCCGUUCCAUGGCGUUAUUGGAAGAGACACUCUCUGUCAAGCACCAAAGGCAGCAAACGGCGUUGGCGCAGCAGUACGCCGUCGCACACAAUGGAAGAGGUUGAACCAGUGGCUACACUCGUUGUUGAACAGGGACCAACCCGCCAUAUCUGUGGCAUCACAACAGCCCGUGCUGAAGGAAUCCGACUAUCCAUCCGGGACUGUAUCGACCUUGGGAUCAUGGAAGUCCUCCUCGGUACUUACAUUCAGUAACCAAAUUGCAGAGACGGAAUAA